AUGGCUGCCCCAGAUCUGAGCCCGGAUGAGGUCGCACGCAACCGCAUCACCUCACACAUGAACCGCGCCCACUCGCGGGAGCUCUCCCACUACCUCCGCCACUACGCCAACCUAUCCUCGCGCGCCGCCUCCACGCCCUGGCUCAAGGACAUCUCCCUCGACGCCAUGACCAUCGCUGCCGGCGGUCUCGGUGGCCGCGAGUUCGUCAUCCCCUUCUCCCCGCCGCUCGCGUCCCUCGCCGACGCCCGCAGCCGCGUCAUCGCCAUGGACGCCGACGCCCGCAAGGCCCUCGGCAUCCGCGAUGUCUACGUCACGGCCUAUGAGCCCCCGCGCGGCUUCGACAUUGUCGUCUUCGCCGCCGUCGCCGUCUACUUCCUCAGCUACGCCACCCUCGCCUUCGUCAUGCCCGGCACUCCCUUCUGGAGGGUCCUCCAGGCCGUCUUUCCCGGCGGGCCGCGCUCCUACCGCUGGCUCGUCAAGACCAUCUUCUGGCCCGUCCUCGGCAUCCACCUCGGUGAGGUGUGGUGGAUGCACCGCUCCAGACUCGUGCCCCACGGCGUCGACGCCGGGAGCCUGCUCUGGUGGCAGUGGAUCGGCACAACCUUCUUCGAGGGCGCGUGUGCCUUUAUGCGCCUCGACAGUGUCGUCGCCGAGAAGCGAAAGGAAAAGGCUGCGGCGAGUCACUAA